AUGUCACCUCUGGAAUGUUCUGAGUGUUUUGGUGACCAGCUUAUGCAUAGGACCUAUACCUGGCACCUCACAUUGCACUCGAGGCCAAUUUUUACAAGAAAGAGAGAUACCAGAUCUGAAAGCCUAGAAAUUCCAAUCAAUGUGGUUCUACCUCAGAGGGGCACCACUGAGCCCUUCCUGAGGUUGCACAACCUGUACAGUAUUCCUCGCUGCUCCAGGCAGACUGCCUUGCCCCGAAUGAGUCGCAGGGUAGUCAGCCAGCAUUCCUACCCACUCAACCGCUUCUCCUCUGUGCCCUUUGACCCCAUGGAGCGCCCCACCUCCCAAGCUGACCUGGAACUGGACUACAACCCUCCCAGGGUGCAGCUCAGCGACGAGAUGUUUGUCUUCCAGGAUGGGCGCUGGGUGAACGAGAACUGCCGCCUGCAGUCGCCUUACUUCUCUCCGUCCUCCUCUUUCCAUCAUAAGCUGCACCACAAGAGGCUGGCCAAGGAGCACCUGCUGCAGGAGGAGAACAAGUCUCUACGGGAUGAGAACCGGGCCCUGAGGGAUGAGAACAAGGCCCUCCGCAAGGAGAACAAGAUACUACAGAUCUUUUGGGAAGAGCACAAGGUCACUUUGGGCCAUGAGGAGAACCCAUCCUCCUCACCACUGAUGCACAAGGACACAGCCUCCCAAGAAGUGGUGAAAAAAGACAAUGUCACCUUGCCUGUCCAGCGUAGCAAGGAGAACACCCUGCAGCUCAUUCGAGAGGAGAAUCGGGCCCUUCAGCAGCUGCUGGAGCAGAGACAGGCCUAUUGGGCCCAGGCAGAAGACAAUGCAACUUCUGCCGAGGAGGGCAAGCCCACCUCCUCACCCAAGGAGGAGCCCCAUAACCCUGGGCUUCUGCCAGAACAGAGUCCAGGCCUCUCCUCCCCAUUUGAGGAGCACAAGGGGCCGCCUCCAACACAGGAGGACUCUAAGACACUGCGUGCCCUGAGGGAGAUGGUUAACAACUUAUCUGGACCAUCUGGGGAGGAGGAGGGCAAAGUAGGCCCCAACCUAUCUGACAGCGCUCAACCUCUGCAGCUGCUGAGAGAGAUGAACCAGGCCCUGCAGGCCCUGCGAGAGGAGAAUAGGCUGCUGCAGGAGGAGAACCGGGCUCUGCACGUCCUGCGUGAGGAGCAUCGAGUCUUCCAGGAGGAGAACAAGGCCCUGUGGGAGAACAACAAGUUGAAGCUGCAGCAACGGCUGGUCAUUGACACGGUGACUGAAGUUACAGCCCGUAUGGAGAUGCUUAUUGAGGAGCUGUAUGCCUUCAUGCCGGCCAAGAACAGUAAAGAUCCCAAGAAGCCCAGUAGGGUCUGA